CUCGCUCAACUUGCACGCGGUAGUGUCUUCGGAUAGGCUGUCUGAAACUGCGCCACACGCGCCUAGGAUAUUUCAGGGGGUUGUUUUCCUCUUAAGUUUCUUAGGGGACAGUGCGAUAUAGCUGCUGGGUAGCCUACAGCAGGUCAUAACGCUUCUGUGACAUUUCUGAAGUGUUUACUUCCAUCUUGCACCGAGAAAAAUGUAUUCCGCCGCUGUGGUCUCAAGCUGCCCCAUUCCAAGCAGAGUUUCUCCCUCACAGACCUGGACGCAGUCACCUGAUGGUUUGGGCCAGACUCCUGGAGGGACGCUUUUCUCCACAACUCCUGGAGGAACCAGAAUAAUCUAUGACAGGAAGUUCCUACUGGGCUGCAGGAACUCCCCGGUGGCGCGCACCCCUCCCCCCUGUUUACCACAGAUACCCGGUGUGACCAUCCCCGGGCCCACGCAGCAGCACCCCAUGGGGACACUGGAGGAACUGGAUGAGAAUGCCAAGGACUUCCCAGCGGAUGACAGCCAGUUCGUUAUGGACAUCUGAGUGGGCCUGUCUGUCACAAUGCAGGAAACACGUGCGGCUUGACAUCGAGAACAUUUACACUCGCAAUAUCCUCUUUUAAUUCCUGCAGUCUAAACACACAACAUGGUCUGUUGAGUGAAUUCUGCUCAGUAAUGUAGCCUUUUCUGGAGGUUAGAGUGUAUUUGAUGUGAACUUGUCAAGUUAGUAAAUUGUGAGUGAGGUAGAAACACUGUUAUGCCAUAAUGUUUGAAAGAGGAGUUCUUGAUAUCUUUGGCUACAGCCUUUCUUUUCCUUAGUAAGGAAUGACAUGUACAAAUGUGCCUUUCUGUGGUGUGGGACAUUUGUGCAAAACAUGCAAUUUUAUAUGAACUCAAAUAUGUUGAAGGCUAAGACAGUCUUCAGACUUUGCUACGUGCUCUUGCGCAUUUUUUAUAUAAAUAUAUGAUUCCGACAACAUGAUGAUUGUGAAUUGAUUGAGAGCACAAUAAGAUUCCCUACAUUGUGGAGGUUUUUUUGUGUGUGCAGUUUUUACAAAUUCAGUUGUAAUACUCAAUGCAUUUUACAGUCAGCUGGCCACUGGUUGUCAUGUUAUGUCAAUGAAAUAAAUUUCCCUUUUGAAAAUUUA